UGAAUAAAAAAAAAUCCUGGGCUCACAUGACCCAAAAUAAAUUAUUGCUCAGCCAAUCACUGAUGCAGCAGUGACCAUCCUCGCUCAGUGAUUGGCUCAGCAGUUACUUUGUGUGUUGAAGAGGCCAGUGGAGGCCUGAGAAGCAACAGUAGAAGUGGUGGGCUGGCAUCUGACACAAUGGAUGCUAUCUUAAAACUGCGGAGUCAGUUAAAAGAGGCGGAAGAGGAGAGGGACAGGGCCGCACAGUAUGGGCUUCAACUGUUGGAAAGUCAAAGCGACUUACAAAAUCAAUUGGAGGAGCAACGCAAUGAAAUGACUGGCACCAUUGAUAACUUGGAACAAGAAAAAUAUUCUCUCCAACGGGAAGUUGAACUUAAAAAUCGGAUGCUAGAAAGUUUAACGUCAGAAUGUGAAAAUAUAAAGCAGCAGCAGAAGGCUUGGCUUGAACAGUUACAGGAUCAACUAGAGUGGAAUCAUAAUCGUGAAAUGAGUGAACUGAAAGAUAAGAUAGAGAAGCUGAAAGCUGAAUUGGAUGAAGCAAGAUUAAGUGAGAAACAACUAAAGCACAAACUUGACCACCAGAUUGAGCUGCUUGCUAACAAAUCAGAGGAGCUUCACAUUAUGUCUGAGCGUGCUCAUGAAACUAUGUCAUCAGAAAUGGUGACACUCCAGAAUGAAAUAAGUGAUCUGGAAAGUGCAAAGGCACAUUUAGAAGAAGAAAUGAAUGAAUUACAAUAUCGCCAGCAGCAACUUAUUCUGACUAAUGGAAAUCAAAGUCGACAUCUGGAACGUAUUCAGAUGGAAAAGGAAGAACGAGAAAAAGAGGCUGUUGGUUAUUUCAAUGCUUUGGAGAAGGCGCGUGAAGCAAACCAGGACUUGCAGAUUCAGCUUGACAGUGCAUUAGAGAAGGCCCAAGACCCCAACAGUAGAGGCAAUUCCUUGUUUGCAGAGGUGGAAGACCGUAGAGCAGAAAUGGAACGUCAGCUGAUCAGUAUGAAAGUCCAGUAUCAAUCACUUAAAAAGCAACAUGCUUUCUCCAGACAACAGAUGCACCGAAUGAAGGUGCAAAUAGCAACUCUGUUGCAGCUGAAAGGCUCCCAAACUGACCCUGAACAGCUGGAAAGGUUACAGUCAAUGGUUGCACAGAAGAACAGUGAAGUUGAGAAACUGCUACUAAGAGUGCGCCAAUUAGAAAAAUGUCAGAACUAUGAAAAUGGCCCAUCAAAGAUAAAUACUGACACUUUGGUACAAGGUGAUGAAGCCUAUUAUGUUGAUUUACUUAAAAUGAAAUUGGAGCAUUCAAGUAAGGAAAUGGAGAAGAUUAAAGAUGAAUUAUCUCUGCAAAGAAUGAAAGCUUUAGCAGAAAGCCAGCGGGUCUUGGAGCUGGAACGGAAGCUUUUUACCACGGACAGGCAUCUUAAACUUUUGCAGAGUGAAAACAUGAAACUUCGUGUCAACCUGGAUGAACUCAAAAUGAAAUAUGAACCUGAUGAAAUUGUUAAAUUACAAACUCAGAGACGUACACGAGAACAACUUCCACUUGACUGUCCAGCUGAAGAAGUAUCUGAGGGUAAAGAUCUGCCUGUUAGUAGCAUUGAUCCUGUUCCUAAAAAUAAUCUUGAAGGAAAAGAAAAUGUAGCCUUGUCAGAUAAUUUAUCUCCUGAAGAUGAACCUGCAUCUUCUGACGAACAAGAUGUUGCAAGUGUACCUGUGAGCCAAGAUGAACCACGUAGUCACCAAACUGUGAAAGAGCGGAAGAGAGUAAGAAUAGCAGAAGAUUUAAAUGAUACCCACACAUUAACUAAAAAGGACUGCACCCUUUCAUCUACCUCCUCCAGGUCGUCUGCUGGAGAUUCAAGCUAUGAACCAACAAAAGCUGAUGACGAAAAAGACUUGCGAAAGUGUGAGAGAAAAUCAAGACAUAGAGCUCAACCUGUCCUGCAUGUGUCUUCAAAAUCUUCCGCCUCAGUAGCACAAUGUCCGCAGCAAUAAUAUAUUUUGCAUCAGCAAUCUCUCAACCACAAAUAGAUCCCAUAUUUUAUAAAGUGGCUGAAUUAGGAUAAUGUAAGGGAGCUGUAUUUGCUGCUUUGGAUUUUCAUACAAAUCUUAUUUCCUGGGUUACAGUUUGCAGUAUGGUUUUAUUAGAUUGGAUAAUUUCACUUUCACACGAUUGUUGUAUUACAUAAUGCUUACAUGUGUAUAAAUAGCUAGCCUGCUUCUAAAUUUAUUAACUAUUUUUUUUCCACAUAUUUGUAGAUAAAUUUGUGUUCAUUUUAUAACAAAAAUAGCUGCAUGUUUCUAAAGUGUUUUAAAUUCAAGUAUUCUGUACUGGUAUAGGAACAGAAUACCAGAAUUACAUGCCGGGCAGACCCCUUACAGCAGUGCCUUGUCCAGAUACCAAAAUGCCUGAAACCUGUUGAGCGUUGCCGGUGUCCUAUAUAUGCCGUAUCUGGAAUUUGUUACUCUGAUCGUAUGCUGGAACAGAAUACUGGAGUCGCUGUGUGAGAGCCCUAUCUUGUAAUGAACUCAAGACUCGUCAGGAUAGGUCAUCAAUAUCUGAUCGUGGGGGUCCGAUAUCCGGCACCCCCGCGAUCAGCUGUUUGAAGAGAAGGCGGCGCUCCAUGUGAGUACCGCUUUCUGUUCCAAGACAGAGUAUAUUGUAUUGAUGAGUGCUCACUCCAUUCAA